GAGCCUAUAUGCCGGCACACCCUGCCAAUGGCGUUUUUAGGGAUCGUUUGUUAAAAUUGCCAAGAAAUUUAGCCCUAAGAUCAACAUUCCUUCCUUCCCGUCGAUUCCGCUCCGUGAUCUCUGAGACCAACUGAAGAAGCGAAGGAGAGGGAGGAACAUGGAUCCCGAUGCGUUUCGUUCGACUCUGUCCAGUCUCGCCUUCGGCAACGUGAUUGCAGCAGCAGCGAGAGACUACCAAAAGGAACUGUUAGCUAAGGAGAAGGCUCAGCCAAGCACGUCUGCCGAUGAAAUUGUGGAUCUUGAUGAACUGAUGGAUGAUCCUGAACUUGAGAAAUUGCAUGCUGAAAGAAUUGCUGCUCUCAAGAAAGAGGUAGAAAAGAGAGAAGUCCUCAAAAAACAGGGUCACGGUGAAUAUAGAGAGAUAACUGAAGGGGAAUUUCUUGGGGAAGUUACAGGAAGUGAACGAGUUGUUUGUCAUUUCUACCACCGUGAAUUUUAUCGCUGCAAGAUAAUGGACAAGCAUUUGAAGGCCCUAGCACCAGUGCACAUUAAUACUAAGUUUAUCAAGCUGGAUGCUGAAAAUGCACCAUUUUUCGUGACGAAAUUGGCAAUCAAAACACUGCCCUGUGUUAUUUUAUUCAGGAAUGGCAUUGCCUUUGAUAGGAUAGUCGGCUUUCAAGAUCUUGGAAGCAAAGAUGAUUUUAGUGCCAGAGCUUUAGAAAAUCUUCUUAAAAGAAAAGGAAUUAUUGAUGAGAAGCAGAAUGGUAAUGACGAUGCGGAUGAUGCAGAAGAGUAUGCUCCAAAUAGGAGCAUCACGACUUCAACAGUACAUUAUUCUGAUUCAGACUAAUCAGCAAAUGCUACAAUUACAUUUGGAUCUGUCGAAGUCCAACUCAUAUUGCCUUUUCAUUUUAUGUAUGACAGUUAAAUUGGUUUAAACUCGAAAAAUUUCCAUCCUUUUCUAUUAAUAUUUGAUCAGUUUUAUCUUUUAAA